AUGGCUCGGCACAAAGAGCGCGUGCGUGUUAGCAGGGCUUGCGACUUGUGUAAAAAGAAGAAGAUCCGCUGUAGUGGGACGCAGCCGUGUGAUCUUUGCACGAAAGACUCUCUGACCUGUACCUUUAAUGCGCCCUAUAGCCGGGGCAAGCGAAGGACCACAUCCAGAGCAGCUGCCAGCAGGCCUUUGAUUGGAGCCGCUUCUUCAGAUAUAACGGGAACAUCCGCGUCUUUGGACGGUUCAUUGCCGGAAAGCAUCACUGACGACAAUAGUCAUGUUAUUGACGUAAAUGAAUCUGGUCUGUCUGAUCAACCUAUUCCCUCCCUGUUUGCAUCUCCCGAGAUAGGCGCAAGUGAUAGGCAAGGUCACUUCUUGAAUGAAUCCUCUGGUCUCAGUUUCCUACUACGACUUCAACGCCGCCUGAAGGGUGACAACAACAAUGCCUCUCCAACCUCCCUUUUCACUCUUGGUGACCCUGCUCUACCCAGGUUCAACAGCGCCGCCUUUACCCUGCCACCGCAUGCCCUAGUGUCGAUCUACUUCGAGCUCUCCUCGGCCGGAUACAGAUUCCUGCACAGACCAACAGUAGAGCUCUGGGUCAGCCAGAUAUAUGAGCAUGGGCAAAUUCUCGGCGCUCACUGGCAAAGCAAAUUUGCCGUUGUGCUAAGCAUACUCACAUACUUCCAAGCGGCAGAACAUCAACUCGCACUUGAGACAGAGCCUGCCAGCCUCUUUAGUGCUCAAGCUCUCCUGGGCUGCUGCUUCUACGUACUGACACGUUCGCGACUGAACCACUGCUGGAGCUUGUUUGGGACAACUUCGAGGCUUAUGCUCGCCCUUGGGUUCCAUCGCCGUGACCUCAAGCUUGGUCGGGGGCCAGGCGCGCAGGUCGACCACCUUGACCAUGAGUCCCGAAAGCGUCUGUUUUGGUGCGCUUACAACUUGGAUAAGACGCUGAGCACCAUCUUGGGGCGACCGUGUGCGCUUCAGGAUUGCGACAUUGACCAGGACUUGCCAAACGUUGUCGACGAUCAGGAUCUAUCUCCGACUUCCAUAGUUGUCGCCGAGAGCGAUAACAUGCACGUCAUGUUAGGCACAAUCCAUAAUCAGAAGCUAGGUCGCAUUUUAAGCAAAGUGCUUUCUUCUCUUUAUGGUCUGGCCUCUCUGUCACAAGACCGUCGCUACCGGAUCAUGAGGGACCUAGGUGCGGAUGUGGAUGCGUGGAGGCAGAGUCUGCCAGCCUUUUUAAACGCAGAGAGAGUGGACUCGAGACUUUUGAAGCCGCUAUUUCAAAGGCAGAGUAACUUACUGAGUCUGGCAGCCGGUCAUGCCGAAAUCCUCAUCUACCGACCUUGCCUCUUCUCUGACUACACACGACAUCAUCACAUCUCUGAAGAAUCCACAGACUCCACCGUCUCCAAUGUACAGAUCUGCCUGCGCGCCGCGAUGGAAAUCGUGAGAGUACUUGAGCGCAUGGCCGAGGCCGAUCAGCUCUACGCAGCAUCAUGGGUUGCCCAGUACCAAGCCUUCUGCGCCGCGGUUGUUCUCUACACAUUCACCUUGAAGAGAACGCGCGAAGACGCAGCCACAUGGGGGAAGUAUUUUCGGGCCGCCGAGCGCUGCCAGGACCUGCUUGCCGCCAUAAACAAUGAAACGUCUUUGGCUCGGCGCUUCAUGAUGAUUAUGGAGGAGUAUCGAGCCGAGGUGACGCAGAAGUUAGCGCAGGAUUCCCCAGCCGCAGCGGAUUUCGCUCGCCAUUCUGGCACACUCACUGGACCUAUAUCUGGCAAUGGAGUCGCGAACAGAAGCUCUCAGCAAGAUGCUGUAGCAGAAUAUCCCGACAUUCCUAACUGGGAGCAGCUGGACUACCUUGCUCUGGACUUGGGCGAUAUGAUUCCGGAUAUGGAUCUCAUCUAUACUGACAUUCCGUACCUGGGGAGUUGA